CGCUCGGCCCUUCCUCUAUUUCUCCCCGACCGGUAGGCCCUACCGACCGGCACCGCCUCUCCCCCAAUUUUGAAUUUCAAAAGCCUUGGCGUCCCCGAGAAGCCACCGCCAUGAGCCUCUCCGUCCACCGCCGCCUCGCCGAAGCCGCCGCCGGCAAGGGCGGCCCGAUCGGCGCGCACGAAGCCUCCACCCACCGCCACCACGCGACCGCCGCCGCCUACUCCUCGUCGCCGGAUGGAGCGGACCCGGCGCUGCCGUCGCCGUCGUGGCAGCCUCUCCCGCGCUCCCUCCCGAUGCGCCGCCGCGCCGGUACGAGCACCUCCGCCGCCGACGCCUCCGGACCCGCGCUGCGGACGCGGAGGACGACGGCGCGCAUGACGUGGCCCCCGGAGCGGACCCCCAGGUGCGGUCUCGGUCUCGCCGGCGGCGACGACGCGCUCUCCUCGCUCAAGCCUCGCGGGCCGACGAGGGAGGAGGACUACCUCAGGUGGCUGUGCUCGCUGCGGUCGAGGCCGCAGCCACCGGCCCUUGCCCCGCGCCGCGACGCGGGCGCCAGCGCCAGCGCCAACUCCAGCGCACCCCCGUCGCCGACGGCGUCGUCCGCGGCUCGGGUCCCGCCCCUGCGACGCAGCGGCGGCAUCAGCGCCUCCGCCUCCACCAUCAAUAUCAGCUCGGCCGCACUCCCCGGCACUCCUAAGGGUCGGCCCCAGGCAUCGGCCACCUCUGCUCCACCGGCUGUGUCCGCGUCCACGCUCGCCACCGCGUCUCGUCGUCAGACGCCGAUGACCAAGCAGAUCACAGUCACAGGGACCCGUAAUGCUCUUCCUCCGCUGCAGAAUCCCAAGCCAACCCCUGACGCUUCUUCGCUGCAGCAGAUCGACCUGGCACCUCCGCCCCCUUCUCUAGCUGGGUUUGCUCAAAGAAUCAUCGAGGUCUUGUUCGACAUGAACUUUGGUCACCGUUGUCCUCCUACUCCACAGCUGAACAAGCCGACCACAAGGGACUCCACAGCUUCUCUCGCCUUGACAUCGGGAGACCCUACUCUUCCUCCUCAUAUGUCUGCGUUUAGUCAGAGACUUAUCGAGAUCUUGUUCGACCUCAACUAUGGUCACCUUGGAUACACUGGUGUGGUUCUUAUGGGUGUGUAUGCUGGAUUGAUGGAGCUGCUCUCUGGUUGGAACACAAUCCUGAAGGUUUCCUACGUCCUUUUGCUUAUCCUCGGUGCUUCCAGUCUGGGAACAGGUCUGAUGGCCGCCACAUCAAUUGCACCCAAUGGUUACACGCAUCGAGUGUCCUCAGUGUGCUCCCGCCUCUGCACAUGCUUGGCCACGUUCGUGUUCAUCGUCGCCCUUGCAUGCCACAUGGGGAGUCAGGGAUACAUUGCCGGCAUUGUACUUGGUGUUGUUGCUGUUUGUUACAUCCUGUCAAUUUGGAUCGAGGGAGACCCUGCAGCUUAUGGUGCCUACACUAGGGUCUGGACUGCCAUCAAGUAUCUGUGGCAGCGCUUCAAGUGGUCUGGCCAGAGAGAUCCACUCCUUCCCUGAAGACAUUCUGCUGUUUGCCUGCUAAUGCUUGACCAGUACAUUAGUUUACUGGAAUUUGUGAAAGGCUAUUCAAUACAUUAGUUUCUUCUCCCCGAGUAUUCAUUGCAGGUUUGCAGUAGUUGUUGUGCAUACUUGAUAGCUGCAGAGUUUUCCACACCAUGCAUGUAAUCGCUUACAUGGAGUUCAUGCGUGUUCAAAUAUCUGACGAUGCUGUAAAACUUUUUUAGAA